UGGCAACAAAGAUCCUCCUCCUUUGUCUCCUUCCAAUUUUCAUUUUCUUCAUCCUUACUGAUCAAUCUUCAGCUGUCCAUAAACAACGGUCAGACCUUGAAGUCCACAACACAGAUUGCCAGCAAGCUUUCGUGUUUUUACAAUCGCUUACAAGCUCUGGCAAACAUGGAGGCUGAGCAGUUCCAUGUCCCAAGGGUCAAACUUGGAAGUCAGGGACUAGAAGUCUCAAAAUUGGGGUUUGGAUGCAUGGGUCUGACGGGAAUCUACAAUGCUCCAAUGACUGAUGAGGAAGGGAUUUCACUCUUGACGUAUGCCUUCAGCAAAGGAGUCACAUUCUUUGACACAGCUGAUGUGUAUGGAUCGCAUGCCAAUGAGAUUCUUGUUGGAAAGGCCUUAAAGCAGCUACCAAGAGAGCAAGUUCAGGUCGCCACGAAGUUUGGUGUCUUUAAGAUGGAAGCUUCUGGCAUGAUAGCAAAGGGUACAGCUGAGUAUGUUCGUUCGAGUUGCCAGGGGAGCUUGGAGCGCCUUGGAGUUGACUAUAUCGAUCUCUAUUAUCAGCACCGGGUUGAUAUAUCUGUCCCCAUUGAAGAAACAAUGGGUGAGCUCAAGAAGCUUGUAGAAGAAGGGAAAAUUAAGUACAUUGGGCUUUCUGAGGCCAGUCCAGAUACAAUAAGGAGAGCUCAUGCAGUACAUCCAAUUACAGCUUUACAAAUGGAGUGGUCCCUUUGGACUCGUGAUAUUGAGGAUGAGAUUGUCCCUCUCUGCAGGGAACUUGGGAUUGGGAUAGUUCCUUACAGCCCUCUUGGUCGAGGCUUUUUUGCAGGGAAGGCAGUUGUGGAAGCUCUGCCUGCCGGCAGUUUUUUGGCUACACAUCCUCGGUUUGUUGGAGAGAACUUGGACAUAAACAAGGCUAUCUACCUUAGGCUGGAAAUCAUUGCUAAGAAGCACGCUUGCUCUCCUUCUCAAUUGGCACUUGCUUGGGUUCUCCAUCAUGGGGAUGAUGUUGUGCCUAUUCCUGGUACUACUAAGACUAAGAACUUGGAGGAAAACAUAGGCUCCUUGAAGAUCAAACUUUCGGAAGAGGGACUUAAAGAGGUUACUGAUGCAGUACAGCUCGAAGAUGUUGCUGGUAUUAGAACUUAUGAAAGCAUGAUGAAUCUGUCAUGGCAGUUUGCUAAUACACCUAAGAAAUAACUUGGUUUUCAACCGAAGAUGUUCUGCAUUUAGAGAAGGAUUUGCUCUAGUCUACAAUAAGGAAGCAUGAACCUUGCCUGUGUGUAAUAUUUGUCAUUUGUGUAAUUGUGUUCAUCCAUUGACAUAAAUGGUUAGCUUAUUAGCUAUUCUCUCAACCAUUUUGCAUCAUGUAGGACUCCAAGCUGAAGAGUGAAGAUGGUUCCAUCUUCACAUAGCUUUAGUCAUUUCCUCUACCGGUAAUGACAAGAUCACAAUGCCAAAAACAUGGAGAUAUCAAAUUACAAUGUAAAACCUCUGUUCCAGCCGAUGAAUUUCUAUGAGUUAGGUUGACUGCUUUUAUCAGCACCCAUGGAGGUUUCCUAAAUACACCACUACCGCCAAGCAACAAUGAACCUGAUUAGCUGAUUCACUGGGAAGUUUGCGAGUUCUGGCCAGUUUUUGCCUAAGAACCAAGCCACUUCAGUAUUCAUAGAGAGGGCUCUAAGUCAGCGAGACCAGCUCCAAGGCUAGGGAGAGUGACGUCAUAGAGAGGGCUCUAAGUCCUAACGAGAGGAUCUGACGAUUUUUGCAUUUUUUUUUUGUCCAACUGGCCAAGAUAGAUGCUGAAGUUGUUGAGAAGUGGAUUGGAUCACCAGCUGGCCGCUGAUGAUCCGCUCCCCAAGAGUCUCCGCUCCCCAGGCCGCCUCUAUCUACUAACUACUCUUGUUGAAGAAGCAAGAACUCCAACAGACCCACACCAUCCUUCCAUUUUCUUCUUUCGUUGACUGAUCAAUUUUCACAUCUUUUCUUCGCAUAAAACUACUCUAAAGCCUUGAAGUUCAAGUGUUCAACUCAGAAGAUCACUACAGUUCUACCCAAAAAAAAAAAAAGAAGAAGAAGAUCACUACAAGCUCUUGACAUAAAUGGAGGCUGAGCAGUUCCUUGUUCCAAGAGUCAAACUUGGAAGUCAAGGACUAGAGGUCUCGAAGUUGGGGUUCGGGGCUAUGAGCUUGAGUGGAAUCUACAAUGCUCCACUUCCUGAUGAAGAUGGAAUCUCAAUCUUGAAGAAUGCCUUCAGCAAGGGGGUCACAUUCUUCGACACAGCCGAUGUAUAUGGAUCCCAUGCCAAUGAGAUUCUUGUUGGAAAGGCGUUAAAGCAGUUACCCAGAGAGAAAGUUCAGGUAGCCACAAAGUUUGGUAUUGUUAAGAUAGAGUUAGAAUCUUCUGGCUUCACAAUAAAUGGCACCCCUGAGUACGUUCGUUCGAGUUGCGAGGGGAGCUUGAAGCGCCUUGGGGUUGACUACAUUGAUCUCUACUACCAGCACCGGGUAGAUACAUCGGUUCCCAUUGAAGAAACCAUGGGUGAGCUCAAGAAGCUGGUAGAAGAGGGAAAAAUUAGGUACGUAGGGCUGUCCGAGGCUAGUCCUGAUACCGUAAGGAGAGCACAUGCAGUCCAUCCCAUCACAGCUUUACAAAUGGAGUGGUCCCUUUGGACUCGUGAUAUUGAGGAUGAGAUCGUCCCUCUCUGCAGGGAACUUGGGAUUGGAAUAGUCUCCUACAGUCCGCUAGGUCAUGGUUUUUUUGCAGGCAAAGCAGUUGUGGAAACUCUGUCUGCUGAAAGUUUACUGUCUAUGCAUCCUCGGUUCCUUGGAGAGAACUUGGACAAGAACAAGGCUAUUUAUCUGAGGAUCGAAAGCCUUGCUAAGAAGCAUGGUUGCACUCCUUCUCAACUGGCACUUGCUUGGGUUCUCCAUCAUGGAUAUGAUGUUGUGCCCAUUCCUGGUACUACUAAGAUUAGAAACCUGGAGGAAAACAUUGGCUCCUUGAAGGUCAAACUUUCAGAAGAGGAACUUGCAGAGGUUACUGAAGCUGUAAAGCUCGAAGACGUUGCUGGUGGUAGAAUCCCUCCAAGCAUGAUGAAUCUGUCGUGGCGGUUUGCUAAUACACCUUCAAAGAAAUAAUUUAGAGGUCAAUUGGUAGAUACGUAUCUAAAUAAUGUAUUUAAUGAAUGCAUAUAUUGUGGAGAAUGCAUCGUUUUUUUUUUUGUUGCAAAAUAAAACACAAUGCAUGUAUUUCAUUGUUGAUGUGACAUUUGAAAUCAUUCAAGAUGAAUGAUUUAGAAUCUUAACUAUAUGGUGAGAUUGUUGAGAUUGUGAAU